GUAUACGCAGAUGAAGGUUUCAGUCGCCGGCUUAACAGGUCAUCGUCGUUCGCCUUUUCUGUUGCUGCUUGUCUAUGAUCGAAGUUGUUGUCGCGUUCCCUGAGAUUCAUGUUUCAUUCUGGGUUGUUAAGUUUCUCCUUACAGAGUGAUUAAAAGCUGAAGAUGUUCCAGUAACAUUGGUCGAGAACAUUAAUGCAUAAUAUUACAUUAAAGUAUGACAUCCUCAGCCCAUCCCCAGCCUAUUGCAGAAGCAGGUUCUACCCAACAGUCCAUGCUCUAUUUCAGAAGUGAACUGUUGUCACAAGUGUGCUGAGUGGUCAGUGUGCCACAAAUCAAGUUCUGAACCAAUAGAAUUGAAGUCUAUACAUUUAAAAGUGAAACAUCUGCUGGCUGCGACUAGUUUACUUGGAUUUGCUAUUACUUUGGAUUCUAAAUAAGCAUGAAGAAUCAAGCAAGAUGAAUAUUUUGUCAUCAUGUAUUCAGGCAUUAAAUAUUUUCCUUCUUUUUUGGAAGGCAGUAUUGGUCACCUCAUGAACUGCUUUAAAUAUUCCUCCACUUCAUCUGUAAGAUUUUAUAGCCAAACAAAGCAACAAGUAUUUUUCUUUACAACAUGUUUUAGAAAUGUAUGCAUUGUUCCUUAUUCCCAGGGAAGCAUUCAGUCAUGGAGGUUUUUUUCCUGCAAGGAUCUUCUGAAAUCGGAGCAAAAGAACUGGAGAGUUUGUUCAGCAAACUACACAGAUUUGAGAGAGAGAAUUAAACAAAAAUUAGAAAAACACUAUGACAAUCAUUCAUUAGAAUUAAAUAGCCUGAUGAUAAAGUUUGGAGACUAUAUUUACUUUGAAGAAAAUGGCUGCAUAUUUCGUUCAAAGCUAGGAGAAGUAGAGGAAGAGAACUAUGAAGCAUUACUUAGCACAGAAGCUCUACCUUUUGAAAAUUCUUUUAUUCAGCAAAUCCGAAUUUCCCCAGACCAUGGAUAUAUGGCUACUGGAAUUAAAAGUGCAAGCUCUGAAGAAUGUGCUUGUAUUAUUGUGAAACUACAUCCAAUAUCAAAAGUGGAAUGUAUUAUCCCAAAUGCAUUUAGUUUUGAAUGGGCUACACAUGACAUUCUGUUCUAUACCAUCCAAAAGAAUCUUCAGUGUCAUUCUGUAUACUUGUCUGAUUUUAAUAAAAAGCAUUCUGGACUGGUGUAUACAGAAAGUGAUGCAAGGUACUUCGUGGAUCUCUACCGCACAAAGGAUAAACAUUUUAUUACUAUAAAUAGUAAUAGCAAGACCACCUCUGAAGUAUGGUUGGUAGAUUGUCGUCGCCCUUUUAAAUCUCCUGUUCUUGUGCAAAAACGAACCCAAAAUAUCAUUUAUCAUGUUGAGCAUCGAAACAAUGAGCUAUAUAUUCUUACUACAUAUGGAAACCCUGUGGUGUACAAGCUGAUGAAAGCUCCAGUUGGUUCAUGUAGUUUGGAGAAUUGGCAGCCCAUUUACACAGUACAUGAAAAUGCCAAAUUAAUCGACUUAGAUAUGUUCAGAGAUCACUGCAUUAUCUUUCUAAAACUUGGUGGUGAGCUCUAUUUGGAUAUUAUUUCUCUUGUAUCAAAUACAGUUGAAAAUGUUAAGCUACCUGCUUGGGCCUGCUCACUAGAAUUGGAAUCUAAUUCCGACUCUAGUGCCAACACUUGCUAUUUUUGGCUCAUGUCUCCUCUUCAAUCUCCAGUUCGUUUUGCAUAUUCAUUGAUGGAAAAGAGCCUUAUUGAAUUUACUGAGCAAGAAGUACCAAUUACAGCAUAUUGUAAAACUGUACGUCUAGAAGCUAAGAGCAAGGAUGAAACUUGGGUGCCAAUUACAGUUUUUUAUAAAAACAAUUCUACACAGCUGCACAAGAUGCCACUUUUGGUUCAUGUCUAUGGAGCUUAUGGAAUAGAUUUGAACAUGACAUUUAAAGCAGAGAAUCUAAUGUUAAUCAAGGAUGGGUGGAUAUUAGCUUUUUGUCAUGUUAGGGGUGGAGGAGAAUUAGGCUUGAGAUGGCAUAAAGAUGGUUGUAUGAUGAAAAAACAUAAUGGUAUCCAAGACCUCCAGGCCUGCAUCAAGUUAUUGCAUGAACUUGGAUAUUCUCAGCCUAUGCAGACAGCCUUAAUGAGCACAAGUGCUGGAGGAAUUCUUGCAGGGGCCAUCUGCAAUAUUGCACCUCAUCUUAUCAGAGCUGUGGUUUUACAGGCACCUUUUCUGGAUAUUUUAAAUACAAUGCUGGACCCUUAUCUCCCCUUAACUAUUGAGGAACAAGAAGAAUGGGGAGAUCCAGUGGGAGAUGAGGCUUGCAAAGAAUAUAUUAAAAGUUAUUGUCCAUACCAAAAUAUUAAGCCACAGAAUUAUCCUUCUCUUUUUAUCACAGCUUCUGAAAAGGAUCAACGAGUUCCCAUGGCAGGAUUGUUAAGAUACAUCAAUAAACUUAGAAAAGCUCUACAAGAUCAUGCUGAAACCAACAAUUCAGAUUAUAAAGGAACUCAGAUGUCUAAUAUUAUCUUAGAUGUUCAACCAGGAGGCAACCAUUGUUCUCCAACAUAUGAGGAUUCUUUAAAACAGGUUGCAACACAGCUAGCAUUUCUAUAUAGUGAGCUUGGACUUGACAAGCAGGAGUGAAGUCAGGCUGGAAUUUUUGUCCUUUACCCAAAGGAGAAGAAAAUGAUUUGGCUAAAUAUUCAGAAUUACUUGCCCAUGUGAUUUCUCUAGAACUUUUAUUUUGAAACUAAAUUUAUCCUGUGUUUUCCUAUUUGUUAACCUCAAUAAAAUCAUUGUUUGAAUUUG